AUGUCGUCCAGACUGGUCCUCGCCGGGGCCGCCGCGCCGCGCCGCGCCUCCGUGCUGGUAGCCGGCCUCAUGUCUCACGGCCCUCUCGUCCCCCGCGGCGCGCGCUGCUAUACCAAGACGACCCCGCCUACACACGUCAAAGCCCCCUAUCGUGUUCGUCUGCACCCGGGCGUCGGCUUGGACGCCGACCCUAAACUCUUCAACGAAAUGGAGCACGCCCGUGACAAGGACGAGGCGCCGUGGUUGGACUUUGUCGACCGCCACAUCGGUCCACGACAAGAAGAUAUCGCCGAGAUGCUCAAGGCCUUGGGCCCCGGUGCCGAAACCCUCGACUCCUUUGUCGGCCAGGUCAUCCCCGAGGACGUCAUGCUGCCGCCUCAGGUCCCGAUCCAGCCCCGCAAGUUUAACGAGUACAACAUCUUCAGGGAAUACCAAAAAUACCACAAGGCAAGCCGACAAAUGUUGUGGAUGAACGGCGGCGGCUACUACCCGGUCGACACGCCGCCUGUCAUCAAGCGCAACAUGCUCGAGAACCCCGGCUGGUACACCAGCUACACGCCUUAUCAGGCCGAAAUCAGCCAGGGACGUCUUGAGUCGCUGCUCAACUUCCAGACCAUGGUGUCGGAUCUCACAGGCCUCCCAGUUGCCAACGCCAGCCUGCUCGACGAGGGGACGGCGGCUGCCGAGGCCAUGACCAUGUCACUCGCCAACCUCCCCAGCGCGCGGGCCAAGCGUCCAGGAAAGACCUAUAUCGUCUCCGACCGUAUCCACGAGAGUUCCUACCACGUCAUGCUCGGCCGUGCCACGGGCUUCGACAUCACCGUGCAGCUCAUGGACCUGUCCGAACCGGGCGUCCAUCAGAAGAUUCAGGACCUCGGCGAUGACUUGGUCGGUGUUCUCGCGCAGUACCCGGACACCGAGGGUGGCGUCGACGACUUCCGGGAGCUUGCCAAAGUCGUCCACGAGCAGGGCGCCUUGUUUAGCGUCGCCACGGACCUCCUCGCCUUGACUGUCCUGACUCCCCCGGGCGAGUGGGGUGCCGACAUUGCCUUUGGCAACUCUCAACGAUUUGGUGUUCCCCUGGGCUACGGUGGCCCGCACGCCGCUUUCAUGUCGGUCAAGGAGUCCAUCAAGCGGCGCUUGCCGGGCCGGCUCGUCGGCGUGUCCAAGGAUAGGACCGGUGGGCGCGCUCUCCGUCUGGCCCUGCAGACGCGAGAGCAGCACAUCCGGCGAGAGAAGGCGACCAGUAACGUGUGCACGGCGCAGGCUCUCCUGGCCAACAUGGCGGCCAUGUACGCUAUCUACCAUGGACCGGCCCAGCUCAAGCAGAUGGCCUUCACCGGCAUCAGAUACGCCCGCAUGUUGCAGGCCGCUGCCCAGCACUACGGUCUAAGGGUCACGACGCGCACCCUCGACCCUGAAGGGCGUGUCCUCUCCGAUACCAUAAGCAUCCGCUUCCCCGAGGACAAGCCGGUUACUAUUCUGCGCAAACAGCUGGAGGCGAUCGGGCAGUAUCUGCGCAUCGUCUGGGCUUUUAAGGAAGUCGCCACCAAAAACCUCUCGGACGACUCGAACGAAGUGCUCGGGGAGAUGCCUGAUGCUGUCCGACGACAGUCUAGCUACCUGACGCACCCCGUCUUCAACUCGCACCAUAGCGAGACCGAGUUGCUACGGUAUAUGCACCAUCUCCAGUCCAAGGAUCUGUCACUAGUCCACUCCAUGAUACCCUUGGGCUCUUGCACCAUGAAGUUGAACGGAACGGCCCAGAUGGAGCUCAUCGGCCUCAGGGCGUCCCAUACUCACCCGCUCGGCCCUCGCGAAAUGUCCAAGGGAUACUUGACCCUCGUCAGCGCUCUCGGUGCUCAGCUCUCGGCCUUGACAGGCAUGCACUCAACCUCGCUGCAGCCCAACUCGGGUGCCCAGGGUGAGUUCGCCGGGCUCCGCAUCAUUCGCCAGUAUUUCGAGGAUCACGGGGAUCGUCAGGGAGUCAAGCGCGACAUUUGCUUGAUCCCCGUCUCCGCCCACGGCACCAACCCGGCGUCUGCCAGCAUGGCCGGCAUGCGCGUCGUGCCCAUCAAAUGCGACUCGCAGACGGGCAACCUCGACUUGGAAGAUCUCGAAGCCAAAUGCAAGGAACACCGCGAGCAGCUCGGUGCCAUCAUGGUUACCUAUCCCAGCACGUUUGGCGUCUUCGAGCCCAACAUCCGCAAGGUCUGCGCCAUGGUCCACGAAUACGGCGGUUUGGUCUACAUGGACGGAGCCAACAUGAACGCCCAGAUCGGCCUCACGUCUCCCGGGGCCCUCGGGGCGGAUGUCUGCCACCUCAAUCUGCACAAAACCUUCUGCAUCCCUCACGGCGGUGGCGGCCCCGGCGUUGGCCCCGUCUGCGUCAAGGAGUUCCUCGCCGAAUACCUCCCCCACAAGCUCGGCCAGAUGCCCGUCGCUAGCGCCCACAUUGGCAGCGCCAGCAUUCUGCCCAUCAGCUGGGCGUACAUCGCGACCAUGGCCGACGAGGGCCUUCGCAAGGCCACCCAGGUGGCUCUUCUGAACGCCAACUACGUUCUUGCCCGCCUCAAGGACCACUACCCUAUCCUGUACACCAAUGACCAGGGUCGGUGCGCGCAUGAAUUCAUCCUUGAUGCUCGGCCGUUCAAGGCCUCGAGCGGCAUUGAGGCCGGCGACAUUGCCAAGCGUCUGCAAGAUUACGGCUUUCACGCCCCGACGAUGAGCUGGCCCGUGCCCAACACGUUGAUGAUUGAGCCCACCGAGAGCGAGAGCAAGGCGGAGCUCGACCGAUACGUUGACGCCCUGAUCAGCAUUCGCCAGGAGAUCCGCGACGUCGAGGAGGGCAAGCAGCCUCGCGAGGGCAACGUCCUCAAGAACGCGCCUCACACUCAGGCCGACUUGAUCAUGGGUGACGGCGAGGGCAAAUGGGACCGCCCCUACACGCGAGAGCAGGCCGCGUACCCACUGCCGUACCUGCGGGAGAAGAAGUUUUGGCCCACGGUCACGCGUGUUGAUGACACGUACGGCGACACCAACCUUUUUUGCACAUGCCCUCCUGUAGAAGAUACGACUGGCUUAUAA